UGGAGAACUGACAACACGGGUCCAAAAAGCGAAAGCGGACGGAGGUGUGUGAAAGCUCCUGGGACCUUCAACAGAGUAGUGAUUCUGAAGUGCAACAGUACUUAAGUGUUAACAAUUAUCAGUUAAGCAAACAUUUUGGAUGAAGGGUGCGGUAUUUCGUUCAGAAUUUAGAGGGAUAUGUGUGUAUAAAGACUAUAAAUUGUUGAAAUAAGUGAAACGGAGAGAAGUGUAAACAUGGCGGAAUCGGGAGUUCCUGCAGCGAAGGCAUCACACAGCAGCCGGUUUGUUUGUGUAUUUGACUGUCGCCCCCAGUGCAAAGGGAUCACCAAAAAGGUGCUGGAUGUCGGCGGGAAGAACUACAAACAGUUUCUGUCUGCUGUGCGCAAGGAAUUUUUUAUCUCAGGAAAUGAACGUUUUGUGAUCACAACGACCGACCGCAGGGAGCUCGUUACAGACAUUUACGACGAAUUAUCAGAUGGAAAAACUUUAUAUCUGCUACAAUCAGUGGAUCAGGAAUUGGCUGUUGCAACUGAAGAAACAAUUAAGUAUGUUCCCCAUUUCCACACCAUUGUGCAGAGCGGCCAGUAUGAGUACUAUGCCAGUGAAGGACAAAAGGCACUACCCUAUGCCUUUGCUGAGCUUAUUGAUAAUGCACUUUCUGCAACCUCGCGUAAUUCUGGAACCAGGAGCAUCGACAUAAGAUUGUUCUUUGACGAGUCUCAAGGUGGACCGGCCAUAGUAGUGAUGGAUAACGGACGUGGAAUGACCUCCAAGGAGUUAAAUAACUGGGCAGUUUAUCGCCUUUCUAAAUUCAAUCGAGACGACCGCACAUUUAGGAGUGAUGAAUCAGGAUAUGUGCGUCCCAGUGCAGUCCCUCGCAGUCUGAACAGUGACAUCUCCUACUUUGGUGUUGGAGGCAAACAGGCUGUGUUUUAUAUAGGCCAGUGUGUACGGAUCAUAAGUAAACCAGUCGGCUCUCCAGACGUCCACGAGUUUGUCAUGUCUAAAGAAGACUUUGAGCAGAAGGAGAAAAGCAACAAAGAAAUUUAUUCUGGUAUCAUCCGGAACAGAAAGCCAGGAGAUGGCUCUCAUUUGAAAGUGGAUGAGGAGCGUUUCCUACAAACUCUUUUUCUGGAAGAGAAAAGCAAGGAGAGUUUUACUACUAUAGUCAUAACUGCAGUCCACCCGGAACAUGUUGCCUACCUGAAACAGGAUUUUGUCUCCUGGACCAGAGAGCUGGCGCACAUCUAUCAUUACUAUGUUCACGGUGUACAAGGAAAUGUCAUGGGAGACAGAGCAACCACUGAAACGGCAUCAAACAUUGACAUCCAGAUCUGUUUAAUUGAUCGGUACCCUCGCUUGCCAAAGCUACUGAAUUUAAAAGAGAUCGAUAAUGACAUGCAGACUCUUUUUAUAAACUCCAGUGUGGCUGAGUUUGAGUUUAAAGCCACUAAAGAAGGAGACGCCAAAGUAGAAGGUCUGAUUAGAUAUCAUCCCUUCCUGUAUGACAGAGAAACCUAUCCAGAGGACCCCUAUGCCCCUAAACCAGCUCCAGAGAGUGACGAAGACUGCUUUGUUUUACACGGCGAGGGCCGAGGGAAAAGACCCAUCUUUGAAUGCUUUUGGAACGGACGAUUAAUCCCCUAUUCUUCCGUCGAUGAGUUUAGCUGGUGUGCAAGACCCAAAAAGGUCUGUUCAGUACCGUUAGAAUGCUAUAACAGGAUCUCGGGCGUUCUCUUCACUAAUGACCGUUUUCAAGUCAGCACCAACAAACUCACAUUCAUGGAUCUGGAAUUACAGCUUCGUGACAAAGUCACCAUAUUUACAAAAGUUCUUAAUGGUCAGGAGCAAAGAGCGAACAUCAACCGAGAGUUCACAAACUGGUUGAGUAUGUGCCAUGAGAAAUAUGAUAAACAGGUCAGGUUCUUUGGUUUCCAAUGUAUAACGACUCUCCCAGAUAUGCAACCUAAACGUCGGCAGUCACCGUGGGCUCAGUACAAAGCCAUUGAGUGGGAUGGUAAGACCUUCAAAACUGGACAGCAGGUGAAGACGAUGAAAACUCAGCCUAUAGUUCAUGGCACAAUAGAGCGCUUUUUGCUCUAUGGGGACCAUGAAGGCGACGUCUAUGCUACUGGGGGGUAUGUCCAAAUCAUACUGGAACCUAAGGAGUUGUAUAAUGGGGGUAAGAUCAUCCCCAUUACUAAGAUCGACAGACAGGCUACAGAUGAUGACAUCAAGGGAAGCAUUGAGAAUGAUCUAAGCAAACUUCCUGAUAAGUUGGAAGUCACGUGGCCAGAGGGGAAUCCGUGGCCUGAGAAUGCUAUCAAGCCAGCUGGGACUCCCAUGGGCCCAAUCAGAGUUGAGAUUUUGAAUAAACUAGGGGAGAAAAUGUCACGGCUGCCUUUACCCAGUGUUAAUUCCAAGAGAUUACAGAUUGAGCUUGAAGUAGUCUGGCACUCUGGGAACAAGGACACUGUAACGAACUAUCUCCUUUGUGGGCACGCUAAGUGGGAGUACUGGUUUAAAAAAAUGGAAAAUUUUAAUAAGUUGGGGUCGUACACACUUCAUUUGCAAACUGUACUAAGCGACGGUGAUUCCCCAGCAAAAGAGUGGGCCGGAAGACGACUACCUGAUUAUACACUCAACUUCAGCAUUAAAGAAAGCAGUGCAGCAGCUUUCGCGGUCGGUGUUUUUCCUUCUCCCGUUCAGGUGGGAGUACCAUUCGCUUUGCCUCUGAAAUUUACAGAUGCAUUUAGUCAUCCAACUCAGCCGCCUUCUGGCAUCAAACCCCAGCUAGAGUGCAGUUCACUGAAACUGAGCUAUGAAAAGACGAAUGCAAGUGAAACUUUCACCAUACAAGACCUGAAAGCUAUGGGUAAAGCCAACCAUCCUGAGAAGGUACACACCGUAAAGGUAACAAUCCCAGGCCUCAACCCAGACUCCCAGACGUUCCAAAUUAAUGUCCGUCCAGGCCCUCCUCAUCAGCUGGUGGUGAAGCCUACAGAUGAAGUUUGCAUAGAGAACGGCACAGCCGCAGACUUCAAAGUAGAAGUUCAGGACGAGUUCCAUAAUAUUACAACGCAUUCUAAACUCAUUGUUCGCUGCCAGUUAUUCGGAGCCUCUGAUUUGCCAGUGUACACUGCUGACUGCAGUAAUACGGGGACUGGUGUGCUGCUGGCAAAACCACUACUACUGAAGAACGUCACCACCGAACGUAUCCUCACUGCAAAAUUUGCCAUUCCUAAUCAGAAGGCUGUGGCUUGUGUGGAGAGAACAAUCCGUAUUUUGCCAAGCAGCCGUGUCUGCCGUAUCGAGAUCUAUAGGCAGGAGAAUGAUUCGGACGAUGACAUAGUACUCCAGAAUAAGGAGCAUGUUAACUGGACGGCUGGCGACACCCUCGGGAGUCUGUGCUUUAGACUGUAUGAUGAGGGGGGCAGGAAGGUGGCUUUAACACAGAGUCUUGCCCAGAACAUAAAGGUCAACUGGGCUGCAGAUAUUAAAACUGCAGAAUUGGCAAAGGGAAGACUACCGAGUGUGUGUGUUCCCACUAAAGCACAUGGAGAACAAUUUUGCCAGGUGUUAUUUCAGGAUCAGCACACGGUCGACACGUCCUUUACCAUAGUCCCACGGCCGGACGAGCCCGAACAUCUGAAGAUCACUAUUAAUGAAACAACUGUCCGGAUGGGUGAAACUCUGUCUGGAAAUAUUUAUGUUGACGUGGUUGAUCAGUAUGGCAAUAAGACUGAUGCUCUAAGUGCUGAGAGCAUGAAGGCAGUCAGUGUGUCUGCAAAAAACCUUGAUGAAUCAGCCUUGAAUUUCAACUGGCAGACCAGUACAGGGAAAAUGGUGGUGACUGGCGUUCGCUUUGUAGAAGGUUCUCCCGGACCACGGGAGCUGUGUUUUAAGUACCAGAAUUUUGAAUGGUUUGCCAGAAUAAAAGUCACUGCAGGACCACCCAAAAAAAUCACUCUGCUGGAAGCACCAGAGCAGCCUGUACAGGUUGUAAACGGUCAAGGUCUGAACACUCCGUUCCUGCUGCAGUUGUGUGAUGAUUGGGGAAAUCCUGUUCCAGACCAGCGUGUUGUAAUAACAAUAAAGCCUCUAUCACCACAGCUCAAGGUGAAAUCUUCAGUGAUGUCCCAGCCUGUGGAUACAGAAGGAAAGGCCAGCUUUUUACUGGAAAGCAUAACAGCGACAAUAGGAGAGCAUCAGCUGGAGUUCAGAGGAUCCUUCAGUAAAAACAAUAAUAUUUCUGGCCCAGUUGUGAAGCUGUGUGUGUUACCCGAUCCCAACAACCCCGUUAAGCUUAGCGUAGAAUACGACAACAAAUCCGUAUUAAGAGCAGGAGAUAUUUUCCCUGUGUUCAAACUAAGUGUACUCUCUGAAGAUGGCAGACCUGUGAAGAACGUGAGUCCAUCUAGUCUGUCCAUGCUUCUGUGGCAAGGCUUGGCUUCAGGAUCCCACCCUCCAAAUGGGGCAACAACCUUUAAAUGUAGCAAACCCAAGGACAAGGAAAAGGAUGACCACUUUUACUUCAGAGAUAAAGAGAUUCCUUCCCGAGUGGGAAAGUACAUGGUGCAGUUUGUUUAUGCUUUAGAGAAAAUCAAGUCCAUCUGGAGCAGUCAGAUCGCUCUGAAUAUUGUUGCCAAUAAGCCAGUCAAACUUGUCCCAGACUCUCCUGCUUCAACUCCUGUGGUCUCUAACAGCAGCAGUCUGGCUGACCGCACUCUUCUACAAGUACUGUGCUUGAAGAUAAUGGAUGAGCACAGUAACCCAGCUGGAAUGGGGAUUAAUGGAAAAGUGCUCCUGACUGUGACAACUGUUGAUGGUGAUGAUGCAGAAGAUGUUCCAAUGUUUGAGAACAAGGCCAAGAGUCUAACAUACGAUCUAAUUAAUGGCAAGGCUCUUAUAAAUGACUUGGCACUUAUGGAGAAUAGUCCAGGGGUUGAUGGAGCUGUGUAUGUACUCAAGUUCUGUCCGGUGUUUGAAGACACUACAUCUCUGGCCACCAUCCCUCCUUUUAAUUUGCCCUUCAGGUUCUACAAUGAUGCAGAAAACCAGAAGGUUAUGGCUACAAUGAGUAAAAAGAAAGACCAGCUGUCUCAGUCUAUUGUAGUCUACAAAGAUAUUUUGGAGACCAACAAACAACUCGAAGCUGAACUUAAGGGUCAAUUGCAAGAUGCAGUUAGUAAAGAGUCUCAGCUGAAGCUGGCGAUCAAGAAAACCGGCAUAGAUAUUUCAAAAUUAACCGACGUGACAUCAGCUGAGGGUUUAGUUGCUCAAAUGAUUGCAGAUUUGACGAGGCUACAAAACCAGCCUCGUCGAAAAUGUACCAUGUCUGAUCCAUUCAGAGGCGGCCAAGACGUCCUAGGAAAGAUAGCACACCUGGCACUUGUUCAGGACGACGAUGCAGCCAAGGUCAUUUCCUGGCAUCUUCUUGGUGACAUGGACUGUGUGGUUACCGUGACAACAGCUGCAGCAAAAAGAAUCUACGAUGACACACAAGGACGGCAACAAGUCAUGCCCCUAGAUACAAUCUUCUGGAAACCAAACAACAGGCCACUGCCCCACAUCAGGAACGGUCAAAGUUUGUUCUCACCAGUAGGAAACCCUGUGUUCGCAAGAGACCUGCUCAUUUAUCCUGAGCAUGCAGAAAGCUGCAACAAGGUCUUCACCACUGUCCUCGGAGACACCAUAUUAGUGGACGAUUUGGAUUCUGCUAACCAUUACCGAAAAGGGGUUGUCCAGAGCAAGGUGCAGUGCCCUACUCUACUGACGAGGCAAGGGGAGCGUAUCCGUAGCAAUGGGAAGUUUGGUGGUUUACAAAACAAGGCUCCACCAUUGGAGAAACUGAGAGGGCACGUGUUUGGAGCACCAUUGCCUCAAGUAUAUCACACCCUGUACAGGCAGAAGGAGCUGCUACAACAAUAUGUUAUAGCAGUACAGAAUGCAAUAAAGGUCAAGGCUGAUUACGACGCACACGUGGAGUAUCUGCAGAGUCCUCCUAUGAUCAAGAAACAACAGGAGCUCAAACAGCAAGAGAAGGAGCUCAGAGAAAUCGAGAAAAAACUUACCAGCACUCCUGUGCGCACUUCUCCUGGUUCCGUAAAACGAAACCUUAUGGAAGAGUUAGACGAGUCCCUUCCGGCAAAAAGGAUCCGACGUAAAACCCAAAAACUACUGGAUCCUUAAAUGCCAUCAUCUCAGACCAACAAGCAGAAUAAUCACAAAAUGAAUAGAUUAUAUUUACUGCUGCAACAUGGAUGUAUUUUAGAAAAAGAUGUUUGUGUUAAAUGCAAAUUAUUUUCUACCGGGAGUGAAGUUUUUUCUGUUUUCUGUCUUUAUUACCUGUUUUUAAGUUUUCAUUAAUACUUUAUAAAUUGUAUAAAAUUAACUCUUGCUACAUAUUUUAUAUGCCAGAUUGCUUUUUCUGACUUACUGUAAACUGAAAGGGAACUUAAGUUAUGGACCAUGUCCACACAGACUUUCUUAUGUUUUAUAUUUGAAGAAAAAAAAGAAAAUAUAUGUUUUUACUUAA